AUGUCUGCCGUCGCUGCUGUUGCUGAUAUCGGUCUCAUCGGCCUUGCCGUCAUGGGCCAGAACCUGAUCUUGAACAUGAACGACAACGGAUUCACCGUCUGCGCCUACAACAGAACCGUCUCCAAGGUCGACCACUUCCUCGCCAACGAGGCCAAAGGCACCAACAUCGUCGGCGCCCACUCGAUCGAGGAGUUCUGCAAGAAGCUCAAGCGUCCCCGUAAGGUCAUGAUGCUCGUCAAGGCCGGUCAGGCCGUCGAUGACUUUAUCGACCAGGUCCUUCCCUUCCUCGAGAAGGGCGACAUCAUCAUCGACGGAGGCAACUCCCACUUCCCCGACACCAUCCGCCGCACCAAGGAGUUGGAGGCCAAGGGUUUCCUCUUUGUCGGAUGCGGUGUCUCUGGAGGUGAGGAGGGUGCCCGUUACGGUCCCUCCAUGAUGCCCGGUGGAUCCAAGGAGGCCUGGCCCCAUGUGAAGCCCAUCUUCCAGGCGAUUGCUGCCAAGGUCGAUGGCGAGCCCUGCUGCGAGUGGGUCGGUGAGACUGGCGCUGGUCACUACGUCAAGAUGGUCCACAACGGAAUCGAGUACGGUGACAUGCAGAUGAUCUGCGAAGCCUACCACAUCCUCAAGGAGGCCCUCGGACUCACUGCCGACGAGCUUGGCGACAUCUUUACCGAGUGGAACCAGGGCGAGCUCGAUUCGUACUUGAUCGAGAUCACCCGCGACAUCCUCAAGUUUAAGGACACAGAUGGCUCUGCCUUGGUCGAGCACAUCAAGGACACCGCUGGCCAGAAGGGAACUGGAAAGUGGACCGUCGUCUCUGCCCUCGACAACGGCAUGCCCGUCACCCUCAUCGGUGAGGCCGUCUUUGCCCGCUGCCUCUCGGCCAUCAAGGACGAGCGUGUCCGCGCCUCGUCGAUCCUUUCGGGACCCAACGCAAAGUUCACUGGCGACAAGAAGCAGUUCAUCCGUGAUGUUUCCAAGGCCCUCUAUGCUUCCAAGAUCAUCUCCUACGCCCAGGGCUUCAUGCUCAUGCGCGAGGCCGCUAAGGAGAACGGCUGGCACUUGAACAAUGCUGGCAUUGCCCUUAUGUGGCGCGGAGGCUGCAUUAUCCGCUCUGUCUUCUUGGGCGACAUCAAGGCUGCGUACACCAACAACCCCGAGCUCGAGAACUUGCUCUUUGAUCCCUUCUUCACCAAGGCCGUGAGUGAGGCUGCGCAGGGCUGGAGAAACGUUGUUUCGCAGGGCGCUCUUUUGGGUGUUCCUACUCCUGCGAUCUCGUCUGCGUUGGCGUUCUUUGAUGGAUACAGACACGCUGUUCUCCCUGCGAACUUGUUGCAGGCCCAGAGAGAUUACUUUGGAGCGCACACGUACCAGCGCCUGGACAACGAGUCGUGGGUGCACACCAACUGGACUGGUCGUGGAGGCAACGUUGCGUCGAGCACCUACCUCGCCUAA